AGCCCUUUGCAUGUCCCAAAAGACAUCAGAAUCAUAAAAGAACAUAUACUGGAGAGAAACCCUUUGAAUGUUAUCUCUGUGAUAAAGCCUUUGCAUAUCAUAGUCAUCUUCAAAGACAUAAAAGAAUACAUACUGGAGAGAAACCCUAUAAAUGUAAUCAGUGUGGUAAAGCCUUUGCAUGUCACAGUCGUCUUCAAAUGCAUAAAAGAACACAUACUGGAGAGAAACCUUAUGAAUGCACUCAGUGUGGUAAAGCCUUUGCAUAUCGCAGUGGUUUUCAGAGACAUAAAAGAAUACAUACUGGAGAAAAACCCUAUGAAUGUAAUCAGUGUGGUAAAGCCUUUGUAUGUCACAGUGGUCUUCAAAUGCAUAAAAGAACACAUACUGGAGAGAAACCUUAUGAGUGUCCUCAGUGUGGUAAAGCCUUUGCAUAUCACAGUGAUCUUCAAAGGCAUAAAAGAACACAUUCUGGUGAGAAACCCUUUGAAUGUAAUCACUGUAGUAAAGUCUUUUCACGUCACAGUUAUCUUGAAAUACAUGAAAGAACACAUACUGGAGAGAAACCCUAUGAAUGUAAUCAGUGUGGGAAAGCCUUUGCAAGUCAAAGUUGUCUUUACAUUCAUAAAAGAACACAUACUGGAGAGAAACCAUAUAAAUGUAAUCAGUGUGAUAAAGCCUUUACAUAUCCCAGUCUUCUUCAAAGGCAUAAAAGAACACAUUCUCCAAAGAAACCCUAUGAUUGUAAUCAGUGUGGUAAAGUUUUUUCAUGUAUCAGUACACUUCAAACCCAUGGAAGAACACAUACUGGAGAGAAACCCUAUGAAUGUAAUCAGUGUGGUAAAGCCUUUUCAAGUCAGGGUUAUUUUCACAUUCAUAAAAGAGCACAUACUGGAGAAAAACCCUAUGAAUGUACUAAGUGUGGUAAAUCCUUUGUAUGUCACAAAAAUCUCCAAAUACACGAAAGAACCCACACUGGAGAGAAACCCUAUGUAUGUAAUCAGUGUGGUAAAGCCUUUGCAUGUAAUAGUCAUCUUCGAUUGCAUAAACAAACACAUACAGGAGAGAAACCCUAUGAAUGUGAUCAAUGUGGUAAAGCCUUUGCAUGUCAUGGUGACCUUCAAAGGCAUAAAAGAACACAUAAAGGAGAAAAACCCUUUGAAUGUAAUCAGUGUGGUAAAGCCUUUACACGCCACAGUCAUCUUCAAAUACAUAAAAGAAUACAUACAGGAGAGAAACCCUAUGAAUGUACUCAGUGUGGUAAAGCAUUUGCACAUCACAGUGCUAUUAAAAGGCAUAAAAGAACACAUACUGGAGAAAAACCCUUUGAAUGUAAUCAGUGUGGUAAAGCCUUUGUACGUCACAUCCAUCUUCAAAAACAUAAAAGAAUACAUAAUGAAGAGAAAACCUAUGAAUGCAAUCAAUGACCUAAAGCCUUUGGAUAUCACAGUGGUCUUCAGCAGCAUAAAGGAACACAUACUGGAGAGAAACCCUAUGAAUGUAAUCAGUGUGGUAAAGCCUUUACAUGCCAAAGUAAUCUUGAAAUGCAUAAAAGAAUACAUACUGGAGAGAAACCCUAUAAAUGUGAUCAAUGUGAUAAAGCCUUUGGAUAUCGCAAUGUUCUUCAAAGGCAUAAAAUAACAUGCUGAAGAGAAACCCUAUGGAUGUAAUCCAAUUGCAAAGUCUUUGGAUGUCAUGGUCACCUCCUGAUGCAUAAAAGAGCACAUACUUGACAGAAACCCUAUGAACGUACUCAGUGUGGUAAAGUCUUUUAAUGUCACAACCAUCUCCUUAUACAUAUGAGAACCCAGACCGGAGAGAAAAUCUGACUAAUCAGUGUGGCAAUGCUUUGCAUGUAGUGGUUAUUUUCAAAUAUAUGUAAUCAAUAAUAUAAAGCCUUUCUAUGUCACAGUCAUCUUGAAAUGCACAAAAGAACACGUACCUUAAAGGAAUCCAUGGAUGUAAUCAGUGUGGUAAAUUAUUUGCAUAUCUCAAUGAUCUUUGAAGGCAUAAAAGAACAUAUGCUGGAGAGAAAUUCUAUGAAUGUAUUUAGUGUGUUACAGAAUUUAAUGUCACAAUAGUUUCUGAAUACAUUAAAGAAUCUGUAUUGUCGAGAAAACCUA